CAACACCAACUCUCACUUGCUCAAAGUUGUUUUAACUCAAUUGAUGAACCGUGAGCAGCACAUUGGAUUCCAAUGAAUUUCCCAGUAUCGUUUCUUCCUUACCACGAGGGAAUAAGCAGCUAAACUUUCCAAAUCAAGCUUGACUGGGCGCUUCCCCGCAAGAUGCAGCCAAAUCUGUCUCAAUCCUCACAUCUUGUUGCGAUCGUCCUUGUAGCGAAGUCGCUUGGUGGUGGUCCGAAGCUUGUGUUCCACUAUCCACCGAAACCUGUCAAUCCUUCCUCGUCUCUCUUCUCGAACGGCGCAUCUGCUUCGCCUGCUUGGUACGGUAACGCGUCUUCUGCGACUGACACCGUGGAUGGAGACUCAGAGUCGGGUUGGGGCGAUGGAGAGUCAUCCUCGGAGGACGAUGCGGGUGACGAAGGUGACCAUGGCAGCAAAAGUGGUAAGGGCAGCACGGCUGGUGGCAAAAGUAGUGGCACGAAAGGCAGAGGCAUCUGGAAUCGCGAAGACUAUGAAGAUGAGGAUGACGAGGCCGACUUGACUUCCAAGGGCUACGACUUGAGUAGAAAGGCCAUGAAGAACAAUGCUGUAAGCUCUGGCCAGAAUAUUGCCGGUAAAGAGAACGGAGAGGUUGAUUGGGAUCGCGUGCUCGGCUUUCAAAGAACAAGCUUAGAGAAGCUACUCUCACCACACAAGGCGCUCCACAAGAGGAAGUUUGAGAUUGGAGUAGAUGGUUGCUACUACAUCGGUGUUCCGAUGUUCAUCCGUGAUGACGGUCUGUGGAGAAAGAAGCGACGCCGUCAGAAAAAGAGCAGUCAUCGAAAUCGACAGGAGAGCUUUGUUUCCUCAAGUGUGAAAGACAAAACAGUCGACAAUGACAAAGAAGAACUUUACGACGACGAAGAUGAGGGUAUAGAUGUUGGCCUUCCGUACGCGUCGCGUACUGGAAUACCGGAAAUGUUUGAAGCUGGGUAUGGACAUGCUUCUGCUUCUGCGUCCGAAACUGGGUCCACGAGCUUGGACAACGACAUGUCAAUGUUUCAUGUCGUUUUCGUUCUUAACCCUCCCGCACUGGAGUACCAGCCACGAGUCAAAGAGAUGUAUGACAACAUUGCUCGCAAAUUCUCUAAAGCUCUUAAGCGUGAGCAGGCCAAGUCAAACUACGUGUGGAAGGAAUCGAAAAAGAUCUUGGGUAUCAAGAUCAAAGCUCGUGAAAAGCAAUCACCGAUAUCCAUCGUCUGGCCGAACAUACUAAACGCCUCUACUCUUGCCAAAUCACUCGCGAUAAUCUAUGACUCCAUAUCAAACUCAAAGAUCGCCCACAUCCACCUAGACGCAGCUUCCGAGGCCUCGUUCCAGAUACCCCAACAAGUUUCCACUCCCUAUCUACCAACUUCAAUCAACCCCCAACCUCCUGGUUUAUGGCUCACCACCUCAAAUGUUAUUGACGACGAUGAUACCGAGACACCCUUCACUCACCGCUAUGCCCUCCUCCUUCUCGAAGACUGCGAGACUCUGAUCCGCGAGAUCGAAGGCGCACAAGUAGCCAGUUCAACUCCUAUAGCCUUCUACCUUCGCAGCCUGGUACCUACGAAAUCCUUGCACAAAAUCUCCGUUACACAAUCCAUCCCAAUCCAGGAUAUUGAAUAUAUCGCUGAUCACCUCCUUUACUGGCGUCGUGCUCGCCUGAUACCUCCUCUACACCAUCGCGACACCUACGUUGUUUCACCCAAUGCCGACUUGCGUGCCCUGUCCGCUGCUAUCCCUGCUUAUGCCGCUCGAUUUCCUACGAUGCCUAGUUUGCCGCAGAUGUUGGCGUUGAUGUCUGGUGUGCCACGCGCGUACUCAUUGUUCAUCCCAACCCCAGAUCACCGCACACGAUAUAUGGAGAUCCUCGCUUGGUUGAUGCGUGGGGGCUGGGUCACGCAGCUGCGUACUUUCGCAUGGGUUAAAGUCACACCCGAGAUCAAGGCCGCAGUCGCAGUAGAGAUGGCCGCCGAGGAAGAAGCAGCACGCAAUGAGACUGAUCAGAUCUCCAGCCCACAGCGCCGCGCCGCACGUGAAAAUGUUCGUCCACCAAGCACAGCAAGCAAUACGAGCAGCAAUCGCACGACACUCAGUCCAAAAAUCACGCAUGCUGCACACAAGCGUCUUUCGCCACUGUCAAUAUCGACUUCCUCACCACCGCAUUCACCUCCCUCGCCCAUCACAGCUCACCACUCGCCAACAUCACGUCCAACAGCCGCGCAAGUCCCCGGUGCCCCUCUCUUCACCCCGCAGCCCGGAGAGUCGGCGUCGGACUUCACUACCUCGCUCAUCCUCAACCCCCUCCGCGCAACAGCAGUCGAAGCUCGUUGGCUAGAGCACAUCCGAGACGGAUUCCAAGACAAGGAGGUCCGUGAGCUCUGGCCAACGCUGCUCAAGUACUUCGACGGCCGCCGCGCGCUCGAAGACGUGGCGGUGCGUGAGGGGGUUAAGAGGAAGCGUGUGCAGGCGGUGAUCGCGAGUGUACGAGAGGGCGGGUGGCUCGUACACUCGCGACACUGGUGAGCGUGUGGUGGGUUCCGAUGGGUGAGGACGCCGGGUUUGCAUUGUCUGGGAUGGCGUUUGGGUGGUUUGGCACGUUUGGGCAGUGGGGUUGUGGGAGUACGGAGGGGGGCAUUAGUAUAUUAUACCCAGGGUCAUGGGGCGAGGAAUUCGCCUUUAAAUAGCGUAGUUGAAGAAUCUACGCAGUUCAUGCAGCUACUUUUCUGAUAACUCGACUGUGUCAACACUGUUUCUGACCCAAACAGGUCAGCAAUUCAAGAAU